GCCUUAGCCCCGCCCUUCCUGAGCGCGAGCGCGCCUUGGCGGGAAUUUCACCUGUGUGGGAUUUAGACCCCACCGAGUCGCAGGCUGCGGUCGGAAUCUCCGGGGCGGAUCUCGGGGACUGAAAGUGUGAGCAGGACAUGAAGUAAACAAUGGAUAACUGUGCCUCUGCGUCGACAUUCCUGACCGACAGCUUGGAGCUGGAGCUGGAGACAGAGUGGUGCAAACCCCCUUGCUUUUCUUGUGAUUUUGACCACAGAGGAGGAAAACAUUUUUCUGGGGAGUCCUACCUUUCCAGCGGAGCCCUUAAGCGACUAAUUUUGAAUCUUGAUCCUUUACCAACUAAUUUUGAAGAGGACACAGUGGAAAUAUUUGGCGUUCAGUGGGUUACUGAAACAGCAUUAGUGGAUUCAUCUAGAGUUCUUUUUCAUCUAUUCAGGCAACAGCUAUACAACUUGGAAACCUUAUUACAGGCCAACUGUGAUUUUGGGAAGAUAUCAACCCUACAUUGCAAAGCAGACAAUAUUAGACAGCAGUGUAUAAGAUUUCUUCAUUAUGUUAAAGUCUUCAUCUUCAGGUCCCUGAAAGUACACAAUGCUGAAACUCAUGUUCCUGUUCAUCCCUACAAGGCUUUGGAGGCACAACUUCCCUCCGUGUUGAUUGAUGAGCUUCAUGGAUUACUCUUGUAUAUAGGACACCUAUCAGAACUUCCCACUAUAAACACAGGAGCGUUUGUAAAUCAAAAUCAUACUAAGCUUUUCCCACCAUCAUGGCAUUUAUUACAUCUCCACUUAGAUAUCCAUUGGCUGGUGCUGGAAAUUCUUCACAUGCUUGGUGAAAAAUUGAAACAAGUUGUAUAUGGUCAACAGUUUAUGAAUCUGGCAGGUGACAAUUUAACCAAUGUCAGCGUAUUUGAAGAACACUGUGAAAAUCUUCUUUGUGAUUUAAUAAGCCUGUCUCUCAACAGGUAUGACAAGGUUAGACCUUCUGAAGCAUUAAUGAGUCACCAUUGCCCAUGUCCAUGCAUUAAAGAAUUAUGGGUUCUACUCAUUCAUCUUCUUGACCACAGAAGUAAAUGGUCUCUCUCAGAAUCAUUUUGGAACUGGCUGAAUAAACUACUCAAAACACUCUUUGAAAAAUCAAAUGACCGAAGAAAAUCUUCUGUGCUUGUAAUCCAGCCCAGGGAUCCAUUAGGUUUUAGUUGGUGGAUUAUUACUCAUGUGGCAUCAUUUUACCAGUUUGAUCGUCACGGUACACCAGAUGAAAUGAAACAAAUGGAAUCAAAUUGGAAUUUUGCAGAAGAACUGCUGAAAAAGUCCGUCAGUGUUCAGGAUGGUAUUUUGGAGGAGCAGUUACGAAUGUACCUUCACUGUUGUUUGACCCUUUGUGAUUUCUGGGAGCCAAACAUUGCAAUUGUCACCAUUCUAUGGGAAUAUUACAGUAAAAACCUGAAUAGUUCUUUCAGUAUUUCUUGGCUUCCUUUGAAAGGCCUUGCAAAUAUUAUUAAGUCACCCUUGUCUAUGCUGGAAAUGGUGAAGACCUGCUGUUGUGAUAAACAAGACCAUGACCUGUAUAAAUCCAGUAGUAGCUACACUAUUUUCCUUUGCAUUUUGGCGAAAGUUGUUAAGAAAGCAAUGAAGAACAAUGGCUCUCAUCUUUGGAAACAAGUCAAAGGAAGAAUAUAUUCUAAAUUCCAUCAAAAAAGAAUGGAAGAACUAACUGAAGUUGGUCUGCAGAACUUUUUCAAACUUUUUUUGCUGUUAGCAGCUGUGGCAGAGGUGGAAGAUGUAGCAAGUCAUGUUUUAGGCCUCCUAAAUUUCCUCAAGCCUACCUUUAUAACAUCCCCUCUCAUUUGGAAGGGUCAGAUGGCCUUCCUCUUGAUGUAUACCCAGAAAAAUCUGGACAUUGGUGUUUUGGCUGAGAAAUUUUCAGGUGCUUUCCGGGAGAAAGCAAAGGAGUUCUUAGUAUCUAAGAAUGAUGAAAUGGGACAAAGACAUACUCUCUGGACGCUUCUUUCCAUAUAUAUUGAUGGUGUUCAAGAAGUGUUCGAGACUACCCAUUGCUUACAUCCUUCCCAUGAAAAACUGCUUAAUGAUGGGUUUAGUAUGCUUCUGCGAGCUUGUCAAGAAUCUGAACUUAGGACAGUAUUGAGCUUUCUACAAGCUGUUCUGGCCAGAAUCAGGAGUAUGCAUCAACAAUUGUGUCAGGAACUUCAAAGGGAGAAUGUGGACCUAAUUGUGCAGUCUUCAUUAUCGGCUAAAGAGCGCCACCUUGCUGCAGUUGCCAGUGCACUAUGGAGACAUUUUUUUUCAUUUUUGAAGAGUCAGAGAAUGUCACAGACAGUGCCUCUCUCACAACUUGCGGAUGCAGCUGCAGAUUUUACUUUGCUGGCAAUGGACUUGCCCAGCACAGCUCCAUCAGAUCUUCAGCCUCAGCCGGUUAUAUCAAUGAUACAACUUUUUGGUUGGGAUGAUAUCAUCUGGCCCGAAGUUGUAGCCAGAUAUUUAAGUCAUUUCCUACAAAAUAGCAUGUUAUGUGAAGCACUUUCUCAUGCAGGCUGUGUAUCUUUUCAAGCCUUAACUGUAAGAUCAUGGAUCCGCUGCAUUUUGCAAAUGUACAUAAAAAACCUUUAUGUGCCAGAUGAUUCGUUCACUGAUGUAAAUCCUGAACAGGCAGUUGACAAAGAGUAUGUGAAACAGUUGGCUGAACUGACGAGGUUGCUAUUUAAACUCUCAGAAGUAAAGAAUAUUUUCUCAAAGGCUCAAGUUGAAUAUUUGCCCAUUCCAGAAGACCCUAAAAAAGCACUUGUUCAGUUCCUUGAGGCUGUUGGUAUAACUUACGGGAAUCUGCAGACACUUUCUGAUAAAUCUGCCAUGGUCACGAAGUCCUUAGAAUACCUUGGUGAAAUAUUAAAAUAUAUAAAACCUUAUUUGGGAAAAAAAAUUUCCAGUGCAGGGCUGCAGCUGACUUACUGGAUGAUGGGAAUUCUUGUUAAAUCAUGGGCACAGAUCUUUGCCACCUCUAAAGCCCAAAAAUUACUAUUCCGGAUAAUAGAUUGCUUGCUGCUGCCACAUACAGUUUUACAGCAAGAGAAGGAGCUGCCUGCACCUAUGUUGGCUGCAAUUCAGAAGAGUCUUCCUUUGUAUCUCCAGGGCAUGUGUAUCGUGUGUUGUCAGUCUCAAAAUCCAAAUACCUAUUUAAAUCAAUUGCUUGGGAAUGUUAUUGAGCAGUAUAUCGGGCGAUUUCUUCCAGCUUCACCACAUGUUUUAGGUCUUGGACAACAUCCUGUUUUGUUGGCAUUGAGAAACUCAGCCACUGUUCCACAGAUGUCAUUUCUAAAGAAAUGCAUUGUACAAGUCAUAAGGAAGUCCUACUUUGAGUUUAAAGGGUCCUUGCUCCCUCCUCGUUUAGCAUCCAUCCUGGCGUUCAUCCUCCAGCUCGUUAAGGAAACUAAUAUCGACGUUUCUGAGAUUGAACUACUCCUCCCUGGAGUACUAAAAUGCUUGAUGCUGGUCAGUGAACCUCAAGUUAAAAAGCUGGCCACAGAGAACCUGCAAUACAUGGUAAAAGCCUGCCAAGUGGGGUCAGGAGGAGAACCUGCCACCCAGCUGACUUCUGUGUUUAGGCAGUUUAUCCAGGAUUAUGGUAUGAGAUAUGAUUAUCAGAUUUACAGCAUUUUAGAAAUAGUAGUAGCAUUGGACCAGCAGGUUGUUAUCCACUUGAUUUCUACCCUCACCCAGUCUCUGAAGAAUUCAGAGCGGAAAUGGGGCCUUGGCAGGAAUAUCGCACAAAGGGAAGCCUAUAGCAAACUUCUAUCUCACCUAGGACAAGUGGGACAAGAUGAGAUACAGAGACUGGAAAAUGAUAAUGCUGAAUCCAUUUUGUGAUUCAUCCUCUAUAUUAUAACUGUCUGAAGCCACUUUGCACCGUUCUGACUCCUACCUUUAAUUAUAUAAUGUUCUGUUAAAAAAUACUUCCUAGGAUUUGUUUCCUUACAUACUUGUAAGUAUAUAAAUAAGGAAAUAAAGGUUAAUUAUAUAUGUUAUAGGAUCUUUGGAACUUGACAAAACUGCAUUUCUAUUCUGAAGAGGUUUUAGUUAAACUAAAGAAACUUCUUCUAAUGGGAGUGUUACCUGUGUAUGUCUAUUGAGCAGGUUUGUACUGGUUAAUCCAUGAACUUUUUACUGUCAUGUGACUUUCUGCCUUGUGUAUGAGUGAUGUGUUUCUGUUUGUUUUGUUUUUUACAAAUUUAUGUUUUAUUACACUAUUUCAAAUUAGCUGGCUGCCCUGUGUGGGGUUUUUUUGGAGGGGUGGUCAGGAGAUAGGACUGUGUAUUUGUUAUCCUUUUUUAUACUAAGUGUGAGGCAAGUUAAUAAGACCUUUACAAAGCAAACUUAACUCUGUGAGGAAUGAGACUGAAUCUGGGUAAAUGAUUAUACAGAUAAUACGUAAAUUUUUUAAAAACUUGGGCCAACAGUCUUUAUUCUUAGGUCCCAACAGUUAUCAGAUGUUUCUCUCUUCUCAUCCUUUCUUUUGGAAUUGUCAUUAAAGGAUAUAUCAGGAGAAGGAUAGAUUAGAGCCCUUACAGAAAGAGAAUAAUAUUCUGGAAAAUUUUAAGAUUACAAAUUAAGAGGUCUGUGCAGUCAGCUGAUUUAUCUCCCUGCUCUUCAGUUAGAGCCUCUUUUAAAUUAGCAUCCUACAUGUUUACAGGGAACCAGCUUAGUUUCCUGUAGCAGCUAUUGUCUGUCAGCCCUCUAACUGUCUCACUCAGAUUUAUUUUCCAGUUGGGCUCUUGUCCUUGACUCCUUUUUCUGGUGAGCAUUAUUUGGUAAAAAGACCUCCAAUCCUAGUUUUGGAAACCUACUUGGGCCUCCAGCCCAGCUCUGCUUUGUGACCUUGAGCAAGUUACUUAACCUUUCUGAACCUCAGUUUCUUCAGAGAAUAAGAAUCCUUUUUUUAUUUCACAAUGUUCUGGUAGGAGUCAAUGGGAUAAUUGAUUUUUUUUUUCUUUUUAGGCAUCAUUUCUUUUCUUUUUUUUGUUGGGGGGGUUAGGUGGUGAUUAGAUUUAUUAUUUAUGUAAUUCUUUUUUUAAUGGCAAUCCUGGGGAUUGAACCCAGGACCUCAUGCAUGCUAGCCCUUCACUCUACCACUUGAGCUGUACCUUCCCCCCGAUUUUUAAUUAUAAUCAUAUAAUUACAGUGUAUAUGAAAGUGUUUGGUGACCUAAGUUCUGUCUGGAGGUGAACAGAUGUGAUUAUUGCUCAUACACAAAGGUAAAGAACACCUCUCAAUUUGUUCCUUUUUUUUCCCUAAUCGCAUGUCCGAGAUGAAUGAUCCCACUUCUUUUCAGUGUUUUCUUACAUAUCAUGUUUGCUAACUUUGAAAUAAUUUAUUGUUGUCUUCCUUGGGCCUCUAGUCUUUAUCACAGUUUCACAAUUCCUUCAGGAAAACAUUUCAACUCUUUUCUGGCUCAAGAAGUAUCUUUUAAAAUGAAAUGCAUUGCAAUCAAGAAACUAUAGUUAAUAACCCUUUCCUACUUGUAAUUCGUGAAGUUUAAAGGACUUCAUGAAAUAUAAAUGGUCUAUUUCUCCCCCAAAUCAACCAUCUUUACUUCAACAAAUGGGAUGAAAAAAAAAUUCUUUGAGGUUACUUAAGACUUCAUAGCAAUGAGUUUGUAUUCAUUACAGUAGUGACUAAUUAAACUAAUGAUGUAUGACUUCGCAGGUUUUAGCAAUUGAAAUUAAACUAUUUAAUGGGAUGCCUUUAAAGAGGUUAUUUAUGUGUGUAUAUGUAUAAUAUAUAUAUUUUUCCCAAGGGAAAUUGAUAAAGGUAUCUUGGAGAAUCUUGCUCCUUAGAGUGUGACACUUUUUAAGGGAUAAGAAAGGCUGCUGCUGAAUCAUGCAUUACGGUGUAUUUCUGUAGAUGCUAAGAAAAACAAAAGUUCAUACAUAAAAAAUCAGUAACAAGAAAAAGUCUGUAACAAUGCGUGUAAAUGUAAGUAUAUAGGUAUUUUUUUUACUUAUGUGGCUGAAAUGUUAAAAAAAAAAAACUUUUUAAAUUGAAGAAAAAAGAAAAUUUAUGACCAACUCCAUUUCUUGAAAGUCUUCACUUGACCCAUAACUUAUUACUAUAUCUUGUCUUUUUCCAUUCCCAGACUUAGAGUACCUAUGCCUGUUAUAGGUAAGCCAAUCUCUUUUGGUCGAAUCUGGAGUAUGUUCCCAUUUCUCUUGCUCGCUCUGGUGCCUCUGUGACAUUCACAUUUUCUUUUAUCUUCUCUUCCCAUGCUCCAUAAUAGGUCCCUUCCUACAUGUAGGUUUUUCCUUCUUAUCCCCACUGGUAAUAUCUGGCCCUUUACCUGCUCCGUCUUAAUUUCUUCUAGUAGUGAACUGGUAAGACUGGCUUAUAAUUUUAUGUCUCAAAUCUAUCUUUAGGGCUAAUUUUUCUCUAAACCUGCGUAGUUGGAUUCUCCUGAAAUCUCAAGGCAACAUGUCGAACUACCUCGGUCACCUUUUCUUGUCCAGCUCCUACCUUCAUUUCCUACCAAGGAAUACAUGAUUUUCCUGAGGCACCCAGCCUUGACGCUUCCUGGAGUCUUCAUUGUUCCCCACCUUUCCUUUGAUCACCAAUGCAAGCUCUUGCUAUUUUUUUCGUUUUGCCAUCAUGUGCAUCCAGAUUUUUUCAACUGGGCACUAUCUCCUUCUUACCAUCUAUCUCUAGUCUCCUGAAAUUUAUUUUUCUCAUAGUUCUGAAAUUAGUGUCUCUAAAAUACUGCUUUCCUCUUGUUACUUUUCUGCUCAAGAACCCAAUUUACUUUUCAUGGCUAAUCUGACAUUCAAACCCCUUCAGUCAGGAGACUUUCUGCUCUCUGGCUCUAUGCACUUUCUUUCCAGACUUACCUCAAGCAGGAGACUAGACUGUUACCUGCUUUCUCUGAAUGCCAUGUUCAUUCUACACUGUGGGCCUCAUUCAGUUUGCCAACUUAGUUUAUCACUGUUUCUAUAGAAACCUAACCUUAAGACACUUAAAUAGGAAGGAAAUUAAAAUACACAUAUUGGAUAUGUAAGCAUUCCAGUCAAAUAAUUUCUUUAAAAUAUCAGAUGGAGUAUGAAAGAGAUGAU